AUGGCUACUCCUAGUAAGCAAGGCGGCUGUCUUUGUGGUAAAAUCCGCAUCGAAUAUGAAGGAGAUUCUUCCCCAGUGGCUCUCUGUCACUGCACGGACUGUCGCAAGGUAUCGGGAUCCGCCUACAGCACCAACAUUCUUGUGCCGAGUGCCACGCUCAAGGUUGUGUCGGGCACCCCCAAGAUCUUCACCAUCACGGCAGACACGGGCAGACCGAUCACGUCACAUUUCUGCGGCGACUGCGGGACGACAUUAUGGCGCGACGGACCCGGACUUGGCGACAGAUGCGCUCUCAAGGCUGGUACCUUGGACGAUCCAAAUGCGAUCAACGAGACCAAGCCCAGCCUGGAGUUCUUUGUCCCGCGGCGAGCUAACUGGAUCCCUGAGACCCCAGGCGCGGCCCAGUUGGUGACUCAUUGA